AUGGUGGACAGUGAUGUGGUGGGUUGCUGCUGGAUUGAGCUGCCCAAAGGGAAGUACCGGGUGAGGGAGGAGAGGAUGUUGGGGGAGACGGACCACCCUGGCAAGGUGUCUCUGUGUCAGUAUGAAGUUGAUGUGGGAUGGACCCAGCUGAUCAGUCACCCAGCAGAGGGAGAGUACCAGAGGAUCGCUCCUCUCAGGGUUCUCAGCUUUGACAUUGAGUGUGCUGGAAGAAAAGGUAUUUUUCCAGAGGCAGAGAAAGACCCAGUGAUCCAGAUAGCCUCCAUGGUGCAGCGACAGGGAGAGAAGGAACCCUUCAUCCGCACCGUCUUCACCCUCCAGUCCUGCUCCAGCAUCGUGGGCUCCCAGGUCCUGUGCUUCACUAAAGAGAGCCAGUUACUACAGAGCUGGGCUGAGUUUGUGAGGACAGUGGAUGCAGACAUCAUCACUGGGUACAACAUCCAGAACUUUGACCUUCCCUACCUGCUGAACAGAGCAGCUACCCUGAAGGUCAAGCUGUUCCCCUACCUGGGCAGAGUACAGGGCAUCAAGUCAGUCCUGAGAGACUCCAGUUUCCAGAGCAAACAGAUGGGCCGCAGAGAGAACAAGAUCCUCAACAUGGAGGGACGAGUUCAGUUUGACCUGCUCCAGGUGCUGCUGAGGGACUACAAACUGCGCUCGUACACACUCAACGCCGUCAGCUUCCACUUCCUGCAAGAACAGAAGGAGGAUGUUCAGCAUUCUAUCAUCACAGAUCUGCAGAAUGGUAAUGAGCAGACCCGGAGGCGCCUGGCGGUGUACUGCCUGAAGGAUGCCUACCUGCCCCUGCGUCUGCUGCAGAAGCUGAUGUGUGUGAUCAACUACAUGGAGAUGGCCAGAGUCACCGGGGUUCCCCUCACCUACCUGCUCUCCAGAGGCCAGCAGAUCAAAGUGGUGUCCCAGCUACUGCGGCAGGCAAUGAAACAGGGGCUGGUCAUGCCAGUGGUGAAGCCUGAGGGAGGUGAAGACUACACUGGAGCUACAGUCAUUGAGCCAGAGAAAGGAUACUACAGCGUCCCCAUCGCCACCCUGGAUUUCUCCUCCCUGUAUCCCUCCAUCAUGAUGGCCCACAACCUCUGUUACACCACCCUGCUUCAGAAGGGCUCAGCAGAGAAGCUGGGUCUGACCCCAGAGGACUUCAUCAAGACUCCCACAGGAGACCUGUUUGUUAAGAGCUCGGUGAGGAAGGGACUUCUGCCUGAUAUCCUGGAGGACCUGCUCUCUGCCAGGAAGAAGGCCAAAGCGGAGCUGAAAAGGGAAACGGAUCCUUUCAAGAAACAGGUCCUUGACGGUCGACAACUCGCUCUCAAAAUCAGCGCCAACUCCGUCUAUGGCUUUACAGGGGCUCAGGUGGGCAAGCUGCCCUGCCUUGAGAUCUCACAGAGUGUUACUGGGUUUGGCAGACAGAUGAUUGAGCAGACCAAACAGCUGGUGGAAUCCAAGUACACCAUCGCCAACGGUUACCAAGCCGAUGCCAAGGUCAUCUACGGGGACACGGACUCCGUCAUGGUCAAACUUGGCGUGGACACUGUGAGCAGGGCCAUGGAGGUUGGGAGGGAGGCGGCAGAGUGGGUCUCUUCCCACUUCACCCCUCCCAUCAAACUGGAGUUUGAGAAGGUGUACUACCCCUACCUGUUGAUCAACAAGAAGCGCUACGCAGGCCUCUACUUCUCCUCCAGCGCCGACACUCACGACAAGAUGGACUGCAAGGGUAUCGAGACGGUCCGCAGAGACAACUGUACCCUGGUGGCCAAUCUGAUCAACACCUGCCUGCAGACCAUUCUGAUAGACAGAGAUCCCCAGGGUGCGGUGGCCCACGCCAAAGAGGUGAUCUCUGACCUGCUGUGUAACCGCAUCGACAUCAGCCAGCUGGUUAUCACCAAGGAGCUGACCCGCACAGCCCAGGAGUACGCUGCCAAGCAGGCGCAUGUGGAGCUGGCCGAGAGGAUGAAGAAGAGAGACGCGGGUAGCGCCCCCCAACUGGGAGACAGAGUUCCCUAUGUCAUCAUCAAAGCUGCCAAAGGAGUAGCAGCAUACAUGAAGUCUGAGGAUCCAAUCUAUGUUCUGGAGAACAACAUUCCCAUUGACACCCAGUACUACCUGGAACAACAGCUCUCCAAGCCACUGCUCCGCAUCUUUGAGCCCAUCCUGGGAGAGAGCAAAGCAGAGAGCGUCUUACUGAAGGGGGAUCACACGCGCUGUAAGACAGUGUUGACCUCCAGGGUGGGGGGGCUCAUGGCCUUCGCCACCAAGAGGAGCGCCUGUAUCGGGUGCAGAGCAGUGCUGAAGGACGAUGCGGCUGUGUGUGAUUUCUGUAAGAAGAAGGAGUCGGAGCUGUACCAGAAAGAGAUCUUCCACUUAAGUACUCUGGAGGAGCGCUUCUCUCGCCUGUGGACACAGUGUCAACGCUGUCAGGGCUCUCUCCAUGAGGAUGUGCUCUGUACCAGCCGGGACUGUCCCAUAUUCUACAUGAGGAAGAAGGUGCAGAAAGAUCUGGAUGAUCAGGAGAAGCUGGUGUCUCGCUUUGGAUGGUGAGAGGCAGAACCAACUGAGACUCCAUAUUCACCGGCUCCCCUCUCUCUCCCCACUCUUUCUCAGACUCUCUCCCUCUCCUUGAAAGGAUUUGUACUGUAUUUUCUUCUUAUAAGAAUUGUAAAUGUUACACUUAGACUUUUUUCUUGAAUUAUGAAUCUAAAUAAAUGGCAUCUUUUUUUAGAAA